CCGGGGCCCGCGGGGUAGUGCUUGAGUGCGAACCACCGCGGCGGGUGCGAACUGAGGACGCUCUCUCUCUCUCUCUCUCUCUCUCUCUCUGUGUGGGAAAGAGGAAACCCUAGAUCGAUCCAUGGAGGCCGCGAAGCGCCUACAAUCGCGAUACGAUUCGUACCUAGGGUUUGAAGAGAUCGAAAGCGGCGACGAUGGCGAGAAGCGGGCGGAGUUCCCCUGCCUCUUUUGCGGCGAGGUGUUCGAUUUCGUCGGGCUUUGUUGCCACAUCGAUGGUGAACACCCGAUCGAGUCCAAGAAUGGGGUCUGUCCUGUUUGUGCAGCCAGGGUAGGGAUGGACUUGGUUGGCCACAUGACGACGCAACACAGAAAUUACUACAAGAUGCAACAUCGGCGGAGGUUCCGUAAAGCUCCUUCGGGCUCACAGUCUUUGCUAUCUUUGUUAAGAAAGGACCUAAGAGACGGCAAUCUGCGUUCUCUUAUCCGUGGAUCUACCUAUUUGAGUGCUCCUCACACAGUAGCACCAGAUCCCUUUCUUUCGUCGCUGAUUUACACAUUACCUGUUGCUGAAUCGUCAAAAGACGUACAAACUGAGACUUCACAUAACCAAAUUGAGGCGAAUAAUCGUUUGAACAUGAAACUGGUUGAUAGAACUGAAAAAUCUCUCUCCGACAAGGAUCAGAGAGAGAGGGCUCAAAGGAGUGGAUUUGUGCAGGAACUUGUGCUCUCGACACUCCUUGAUGACGGAUUAUGACUUGUUCUUUACGUCCAAGGUGGCAGCAGAAGCCCACGAGGAAUGCAAGAUCUUUGUAUGGCAACUGUGAUUCUCCACCAGCUUCUUUUGACAGAGGGAGGAUUCGAGUUCAGCGCCAAAUUUCAAGCUGUUAUUUGUAGAAAAAGAGCAGCAUAGAGAGAGAAGGGAAGAGUAUUUAUAUAUGCUACACCUUCGAGGUAAUGUCAGAUAUAAUAGAUUACAUCUGGUGAUAAUAUUGGAUAUGUUGAAAGAGAAACUGUUCUAUACUUGUUUUUCUUUUCUUAAUAAAUGAAAGAUAUGCUGUUUCUCUACU